AUGGCAGAAUCCACCAAUUCACCCGAUCAUCAUCAAACCAAUGACAGUCACAACAAUCAGGUUUUGUACGCCAUUGGCGCCAGUACAUCCAUAGUCGUGUCGGGGACCUUCUUUGUCGCCCUGGCGUAUUAUCGGGAUGCCUUGAUGAUUACCUUUUUCAUGGGUGCCAUUGGCAAUGCCGUUCUGGGAAAGAUCCUCAAACGCAUUCUCAAUCAAGAACGACCGCAAGAACUCGAUACCGUCGACAUGAAACUCAAACCAUCCGACAAGGGAAUGCCGUCGUCGCAUGCCAUGAGUCUAGGCUUUAUUGGAACCUUUACGGGGUUGGUUGUACCCAUUCCUGGAAUUCAAAUACCCAUUCUAAUCUACAGUCUCAUUAGUUUGUGGUAUCGAAUCGAUACCAAGUUACAUACGUGGCAACAGAUUGCCGUGGGAUUUGUCGUGGGAACCACCAAUGGAGUCAUCUGGAAACUACUCUGUGACGGGAAUAGCAAUCCAUGGAACAUCAACUUGUUGGAUGUGGUACGACAAAAUUUGUUGAACGAACAAGGGGUCUUGCCCAUGGUGUACUUGGCAGUACCGGCUCUUGUCGGUCUCAUUGUGGUCGGAAGUGUUGAACGAAGAUUGUCUGGUUGGAUCAAGCAGUUAAAGCAAACAAAGGAAGAGGGGGAUGCAAUCAAGAGCGAAUGA